AUGGAAGCCACAAAUCCUGACACCAAACACAAUGAGCUUGAAAAACAGAAAUGGUGUAUUCGUGAAUCCCUGUAUGAAUUCCAUGGCUUCUGGUUCACAAAAACAUACCUCGAAGCGACAAAAGAAGUGGUAGAAACAUUCAAACCACUCCCCACAGAUAUCAUCUUAGCCUCUUUCCCCAAAACCGGAACCACAUGGCUCAAGGCCCUUCUCUACUCCAUCACCCACCGAUCCUCCCCUCAAGACGACGCCGUUUUGACCCUCAACCACCCGCAGGAGCUCAUCCCCUCCCUCGAGACAAAUCUCUACGUCCGAAAACAAGCCCCCCUCAACGACGAUGCUGCCAAGCAAGGCAGAAUCUUGGCCACACACGCGCCCCAUCAGAUCCUUCAACACCUCCUAAAUUCAUGCGACUGUAAAAUCGUGUACGUAACUCGAAACCCUAAAGACACCCUCGUUUCUCUGUGGCAUUUUCUGCAGAAAUCCAAGGAUUUUGAGGAUGAUCCAUGGGAACUGGAGGCUGCCGUGGAUCAGUUCUGCGAUGGGGUGGUCCCGUUCGGGCCCUACUACGAUCAUGUGCUCGGUUACAGGGAAGUGAGCAUAAACAUGCCUCAGAAAGUGUUGUUUGUGACUUAUGAAGAGCUCAAGGAAGAUACGAGGAGUCAUGUGAGAAGAAUUGGUGAGUUUUUGGGGUGUCCUUUUGUUGGAGAAAAUGGAGAGGAGCAAGUUGAGAAGAUAGUGAGGCUUUGCAGCUUUGAGAUUUUGAGCAACCAAGAGGUUAACAAGUCCAGCGAGCUUCCCGAAAGCGGGUUCCCGUUGCCGUACAAUUCGUUCUUUAGGAGGGGUGAAGUUGGAGAUCAUUUGAGCUGCCUUGGAGAUGAUAUGAUAAGGAAGAUUGAUCAUGUUACUAAACUUAAGUUUCAUGCUUCUGGUUUUCACUAUGGGAUUUGAUUUUAUCACUUUUACUUUCAUGUUAAUUUUACGUCUUUGUGUUUGUUUGUCUUGGACAAUAUAAUAAGAUUGUUGUGUUCACUUU